CAUCAUUAACCAGGGCCUAUUCCCCCCACCCCCGGCAGCAGCGAGAGAGUGGGGGGUAAGAUCGCCACGUUCCCGGAGGGUCUCUCCCUCCCCACCCCACCCAAAGCACCCUCUCCGAGACUUCGCGAAGCCGGGAGAAACUCCCGCGGUGGAGCGGGGAGAAGGCCCGCCACCCGGACGCAGUUUCGCAGCGCGGACGCCGCAGCAGCCGAGUAGGGUCGCACUGCAGGGUGAGGACCCGGGUUCUCAGGCGAGGUCGAGUCCCAGGACUCCCACUCUUCGGGGCAGCAGCGGGCGGCGAUCGCACGGCCUCGGGGUCGGAGGGCACAGGCUAUCUAUCACAAGCUCCUGAAGUUGAUCCAGAGGUCGGGUGCGCACCGUCGGAAGGACGCCCGUGGGAGGGAGGAAUACCGGGAUCCUGCUUCACGACCACCCCCCCCCCACUCCCUAAUGACCAAGGGGAGGGGGGGCCAGCGGGCUCAGGUGAGCACACGGGGAAAGCGAAGGGGUGAGGGCGGGGUGUGCCGGAAGAUUAGCCAAUCCGGAGAAUUUGAGGCCCUCGUUGCUAUGAUACAAGUCCCGCCCCGCAGGCGGUACCGGAAGUGGCGGGCUGGGAUCAGCCUUUAAGAUGGCGUCUCCUCAGGGGGGCCAGAUUGCGAUCGCGAUGAGGCUUCGGAACCAGCUCCAGUCAGUGUACAAGAUGGACCCGCUACGGAACGAGGAGGAGGUCCGGGUGAAGAUCAAAGACCUGAAUGAACACAUCGUCUGCUGCCUGUGUGCCGGCUACUUCGUGGAUGCCACCACCAUCACAGAGUGUCUCCACACCUUCUGCAAAAGUUGUAUUGUGAAGUACCUGCAGACCAGCAAGUACUGCCCCAUGUGCAACAUCAAGAUCCACGAGACGCAGCCUCUGCUCAACCUCAAGCUGGAUCGGGUCAUGCAGGACAUAGUCUAUAAACUGGUACCAGGCUUGCAAGACAGUGAAGAGAAGCGGAUUCGGGAAUUCUAUCAGUCCCGAGGUUUGGACAGAGUCACCCAGCCCAGUGGGGAAGAGCCAGCCCUGAGCAACCUUGGCCUCCCUUUCAGCAGUUUCGACCACUCUAAAGCCCACUAUUAUCGCUAUGAUGAACAGCUGAGCCUGUGCCUGGAGCGGCUGAGUUCUGGCAAAGACAAGAAUAAAAACGUCCUUCAGAACAAAUAUGUCCGAUGCUCUGUUAGAGCUGAGGUUCGCCAUCUCCGAAGGGUUCUGUGUCACCGCCUAAUGCUAAAUCCACAACAUGUACAGCUCCUUUUUGACAAUGAGGUUCUCCCUGAUCACAUGACAAUGAAGCAGCUAUGGCUGUCCCGCUGGUUCGGCAAGCCAUCUCCUUUGCUUUUACAAUACAGUGUGAAAGAGAAGAGGAGGUAGGGGCCAGACUUGCUUCCACCCCCUUCCCACCCCUCCCCAGAUAUUUAUGUGAAAUUAACUGUGGCUUUAUUUUUUGAAAUAAAAGCUUUUAAAAAGCA